GUGUGUGUGUGUGUGGAGCUCAGUGCGCGAGUUUUCGCCAAACGACUCGCUUUAUAAACGAUGAUAUAGCGCCACGAUGACGAUCGAGAACAGGUAAAACGCCAUUUUUAGAGGAGGUGCCCAAAAUAUAUUUUAUAUACGACCGUCGUAAUAGUUAUAAUACGUAUAUUAUUAUACAACUGUAUAUAGGGUGGGCGCAUAAUAUAUUAUUGUUAUAGUGUGACGGUGUGACGGACAUAUUAUUAAAUAUCAGAAGGUAAUCGUAUGUGUGCAUAACGGAAAAGAAUUGCACGUGAGUGUGGGUGCGUGUGUUUUUAUUAUUUUUUUGGAAAUUAAUUCGCGAAAAAUGCAACACGUUAAACCGUCCGCGAAAGGCGACCCGCUGUGUCCGCUCGGAUUCCACCCGCAAGUCCGUUGGCCGACCAGAUGCAAACGGUGUUUCAGAGACUAUAAAGAUCAUUCUAACAGGAAUAAGGAUAAUGGCAAGUCAUCGCUUAGGAAAGAUGAUACUACACUAUCGACUCCUACUUUAAAUAACGAGGCAACAAACGAGUCAACAAGUUUGAAAAAUAUGUCAUCAAACAUAACAAACAAUGGUAAAAACUAUUAUAACUUAGACAAAGGUAGUGGAUCUAGUCGAAAGACUACAUCAUGGACAUCGACGCCAGACUUGACAACACUUUCAGAUAGUGUUACAUCUCAAGUUGAAAAUUUAGAAGAUGACGAACAGGAAAUUCCAGAAUAUACAGUUCGAAGAAGAACAAAUCUUUCACGCAAGGAUUCUAUGGAUGUACAUAGCCCAAGAAAUAGUUACAAUGGAGAUAUCGCCCAAUAUACACCGGUGCAUAUGAAAUCAACGCCAAAUGAUAAAAAUAUGUACGACGAUGACGAAGAUACUAUUAGUUUGGCUGAUUCUGAUACUACGACUGAUACCUAUGCGACUAUUAUAAAUGAUGAAGAUUUACACGACCAAGUAUUGCAUUUAAAAGCUGAAUUAAAAUUGACCAAAGCAAAAUGUGAGAAAGCUGAACGAGAAAAGAGUGAUGUUUUAUUAAGACGACUAGCGUCUUUGGAUACAACUCCGACAUCUCGUACAACAGCUUCUGAAUUGUUGAAGCACCAACAAAAAAUAAAUGAUUUGAAGUCUACUUGUGAAAGUCUCGGCGAUGAAAAGAGAUUGCUUACACAACGUGUUCAUGAGUUAGAAGCUGAGAUCAAUAAAAACAAGAAUACUAAAGUGAAGUCAGACGAUGCACAACUGAUUCGUUCUAAGUUAAUAGCUGCUGAAACUAAAAUUGAGGAUUUAACAGAAGAAAACAAUGAUUUAAAUAAAGAAAUACAUAAUAUGGAGCAAGAAAUGAGAGAUAAUUUUCGUGAGGAGCAGGAUAAUGAAUUUAUUAUGCUGAGAAGAGAAUUUGACCAAGUUUCAAAGAAUUGUAGAAUUUUAGCAUUUAAAUUAAAAAAAGCUGAGAGAAGAAUGGAAGAGUUAGAUAAUGAAAAGGUCGAAAAUGACAAAAAAACUAAAGAGUUAAUAGAACGAUUACAAAGUGAUUUAGAAAAAUCUAAAUCUAAUGCAACACAAGGGGAUCAGAAAAAAAGACCUAUGCUGGGCAUGAUACCUAAGUCUGCAUCAGGAGAAAGGGUUUCAAGAGAGUCGUUAACUCGAGGUGAUUCCCAAGAAGAUCCAGUUCAACUACAGAGGGAUUUACAAGAUUCAAUUGAAAGAGAAGCAGAUAUGAGGGAGCAAUUACGAUUUUCUGAAGAAGAAGCUAAAAUGUUGAGGAACAAAGUGAGUCGUUUAGAAGAAGAUAAUGAGUCAAUGGUGUUGCAACUCAAGAAAAUGGCCACAAAAACAAGUUAUCGCCCUACAAAUAUUGCUGAUAGAGAUGAAGGAAUUUCAGAUGUUGAAGAUGCAACAGAAUUAAAAUUACUUCUUGAGCUCAGUGAACAAGAAAUUACAGUAUUAAAAAGAAAAAUAGAAGAAUUUGAAGUAGAAAAGGAUCAAUUGAAAGCUAAAGUUUUAGAAUAUCAAACAAAAUUAACAUCCAAAAAAACUUAUAAACCAAUAUCAAAACCAGCGCAACCCAAGACUAAAGAGGUUAAAGCUGAUUUUGAUAAGCAAACAAAAGCUAUUAAACAGUUGGAAAUUAAAACAAUGGAUCUUGAAAGUCAACUUAAGAGUGAGAGACAACAAAUUGAAAAUUUGAAAUCAAUACAUAAAAAAGAAAUAAUAAACAAAGAAGAAAGUAUAAAAAAAAUACAAGAGCAAUCAACUUUUGAAGAAAAUAAAAAAAUGAUGGAUAUUCAAAAUGAAUUUGAAAAAAAAAUAAAAAGAAUAGAAAAUGAAUUGAUGAUGGAGCGAAAGAAUUACAAAGACAUUUUAAAUAAAUAUGACAUAUUGCAAAAAGAACAAAUAGAUGCUAAAAGUAAAAUGACAGCAGAAAAAGAAAAACUACAAUGUUUGUUAGAAAGUAGAAAAAAAGAUACAUUAAAAGUUGAACUGGAGUUAAAAACACUGAAAGAUAAAUACCACAAUUCUAUUGAUUUAUGGAAUAAAGAAAAAUUAGAAAUGCAGAAAAAGUUAAAGGAUCUAGAAAUAGCGCAUUCAAAUGAUUCAUGGAUAAAAGAGAAGGAAAAUAUGAAAAAGAAUUUGGAUGAAUAUUUAAAAGAAACAAGGGCAUUAAAUAAACAAUGUAAUCAGUAUACAGAACAGAUAGAAAAACUUAAGAAAGAUAAUGAGAGCUUACAACGAAAUUUAGAUGAUUUUGAAAAGGUUGUUAAAGUCCAGCACAGUAGGUCAAUGGAGACAGAACUAUUAGAAAAAAAUCUAAAAGAUAUGAAAAUUAAGGUAUACAACGAAGAACAAGCCAGAAAAACGGAAGUUGCUGCUUUAAAAGUACGCUAUGACAAUCGCAUGUCAGUUCUUUCUGAAGAGUUAAAAAACAGUCAGUUUCAAACUCUUAGGUUCAAAAGAGAACGUGAUUCGUAUAAGCAAAUAUUGGAUUCAGCAGAUUCUAACCAUCAAAAAGGAAAUUAUAAGGUGCAAAAUAAUGAUAACCAGAAAGAAGAAUUCUACGUCUUACAGCAACAAGUAUCUUGUAUGGAAGAACAACUUUCAGAAGCAAGACUUGAAUGUUCAAGGUUAAAAACAGAACUGGUGUCAGAAAAAUCAGCCUGGGAAAUAACAAAAUCAGAAAUGACAUCUUCUAUUAAUAAAUUGGAAGAAGAACGACUGUUGAAUUCAGGAAGAUCUAAAUUAACAGGUUUGAAGGCUAGAAUGGAGCUUGCAUGGCAAAAAGAACGGGAAGAACAACAACGUCUUUUACAAGAGACAUCAACGUUGGCUAGAGAUCUAAGACAAACAUUAUAUGAAGUUGAACGAGAGCGAGAUAAAGAUCGUUUAGAAUCAAAAAGGCGUAUAGAUCAACUUACAAAAAAUAUUGAGGUUGACCAACAAGAAAAUAGGAAGAAAACUAACGAGAUGCAAUGUGAUCUUAUGGAUUUACGAGAUGCUCAUGCAAAAUUAAGAACAAUAAAUGAAAAAUUAAGAAAAGAAAAAGACAAAAUAGAACAAGAAUGUGAGUCAUUAAGAUUAUGCAAUGUUCGGCUAAGAACUGAUCCUCAGCUUGAGGUUAAAAUUAAUAAUUUAUCACAGUUGAUCAAAAGUUUAACUAUAAUGGUAAAUGAAAACUAUGAACUGACAAAUAAAUCUUUAAACUCGAUAAUUGCACCAACACCACCGGCUAGAAGAAAAUCAUCUACGUCUAGAGAAGCAUCACCAGAUUUAAAUUCCAACCAAACACUAAAUAACAAUAAUAAUGAACAAAUCAAACAAUUAUUAAAUAAAGUUAAUGAGUUGACUAAAGAAUUAGUUAUAAACACAAAUCAACAAGAUGUCAGAUCAAAACGUGCAGUUUUUGGAGUCAGGUCGUCAUCAACUGAAAACGAUUUUAAUGAUAAGCCUCCAAUAAGAGGUAGUUUGUACAGAAAAAGUCUUUCACUCGAACAAAAUUUUGGGAAUACUGAUCAAGAUAUAUGGAAAAGAGAUGAACGUAGUCAGUCAAGAAAUAGACUUACUAAACAACCAAAUAGUUUUGACAGUCAACAGUCAAAUAGUUCUUCCAAAAGUGAUAUUGUAAGCGGAGAAAAAACUAAGAAAAAAGGACUUUUUGGCAAGUUAAAGAAGUUAACUAAAAGUUCAAAAAGCUUUGAUAAUGAUAGUGAUUUGUCCUUUAAAAGCAGUUCCAGCAUUUACAAUAUUGAUGUAUCUUCUAGUAAAGAUUCCAGAGGGAAACUUGCUGAUGUGUUUAAACCUUCAACAUUACCUAACUUAAAAAAGAGAGCAAUGUCUCCGUCAAUAUUUAGAAGAUCAGAAAGUUCAAGGACAUCUCCAUCACCAUCAGUACGUUCAGAUGAAUACGAAGAAAUCUCUUAGAUAGUUAUUAUUUAUUAACAAUAAUAGUAGAAUGUCUGUAGUGGUAUAUGAUCUAUUGCAUGCUAGUGCAAUUUAAUCUACUACAAGGGCAAUUAUAUUACUUAAAGUAUUGUAUUCUUUAUGUGGUAUGUCUUAUAUUUAUAAAGUAGGAAUAAUAUAAUUAUUGUUUGUGUAAUUUUUUCCAAUGAAAACAAUUUGAUUUUAAUUUUCCCUAUAAGCUAUUAGAUAUUAAUUCAAUUUUUGUUGUGUAUGUUUCACUUAAUGUAGCCAAGACCAGCGGUAUAUUGUGAUAAAUAUUGUAUUACAGUUUAAGACGCCUAUAUUCUAUAUCGUGAACAUGUUAUUUUUUUAUCUAGAUUACUUGACUUUUAAUAUGCAGAAUAUAUUUUUGAUUGCGUGGUAUAAUGAAAAAUAAACAGGAUAAUAUGGGAAUUCUUUGAUAAUUUUAAAAGUAAUUUAAUAUCUUUUUUAACAACUGCUUUGUGCAUAAUUAGUUUUUUUUUAUACACUGUAUUAUUGAUAAAUAAUAAUGUUAAAAAAAGAUAUUAAAUUUCUUUUAACAUGAUCAAAAUCUCUUUAUUUAAGUGAGAAAAUAUACUAUUAUUCUAUAAAACAAUAAUCGCAAAAUAAUUUUAUUAGUGUAAGUAUAAUAUAUAAACUUGUGAUUCUUUUAUUAAAAUUAAUUUAUCAUUACAAAAAUUACAAAUAUUUUUUUAUAAAACCACAGGAUCUACAAAAAUAUUAAUU